AUGGCCGACCGGCAUCUAAAUAGGAAGCCAUCGUUCCCGUCAGUGGUGAAGCGGAGCUCGUCGCUGAGUGAAGUGGAGGUUUUGAAGUCCCACCCUUUGAAGACCCAUUCUGGUUCCUGGGCAACCAAAACUCGGCAGCUGCUGUCACCGUUGCUGGGCCGCCCCCGCUCUCUGUCAGUAAACCGCAGCCCCGAAGAAUUUCAGAUGUCUCCGCAACACAAGCGUGCCAGUACUGCACCCGUGAUCACUCUACCACCCUGCGACGUAGGCGGGAAGCAGCCCGGGUUUGCCUCAAUAUCGCGUAGGCAAAGCCAGCCACGCGAUAGCGUGCAGUCCAUUAGCCGCAGCCGGCAAUCCCUGUCGCGCACUUCGCUGAGCUUGCCUCGGGAUGGCUCGCCCGGACCGCCGCAUGCAAUCAACAACAGGAUGGCCAGUUGCUUGCGGCGCGAGAAGGCUUCUUUUCUCGUGGGCAGGAACGGUCGCUUCCAAACGACGACGUUUCACUUCGGCUUGCUCGUAGCCUUCAUGGUGCCCUUUCAGACACUGCCGUUGCAGAGUGUCCAGCACGAUAUCGACCACUGGUGCGCUAGACCCAAGAAUCUGCGCAACAUGUCUACAGAAGAAUGGAAACACCAGAUGGUGCCACGCACCGACGACGGCCACUACAGCCGGUGCCGCAUGUAUGCCGAAUGGAACGGAACCAGUGUAGCCACGGUGCCGUGCACUAGCUGGGAGUACGCGCCCUCCGUAUAUCACUACUCCAUCGUUAAGGAGUUUGGCUUGGUCUGCGAACGUGCUUGGUACCUGCCGCUGAGCUGUGCCGCCUUCGCCAUGGGCGCCUUCUGCGCUUUGCUCAUCAUGGGGCCAUUGGCAGACUGGCUGGGGCGAAAGCCCGUGAUGCAGUUCACAGUGAUCGUUGUCCAAGCGGCGGUCAUGGUGAUUCUGUUGUUCGUCAGGCUAAACACGUUCAUAGUCAUGCGUUUCAUCCUUGGAGCCGCCACGACCACGCUUUUCAACACGAGCUUUGUGCUCGUGGUGGAAGUUCUGGCACCUGAGCGGCGCUCUCUCUACGCGAUGGCGGUGUUGUUGAGCAAGGUUAUCGGUGCCGUCAUCGCAUCCGCAAUGAUGUUGGCCGGGUUCAGCUGGUACACGUUGCAGCUGGCCGGUAUGCUACCUUGCCUCAUGAUGCUGCGGUCGAUCACGUGCCUGGUGGAGUCCCCACGCUGGUUGCUGGCCAGAGGCCGGCUAGAUGAGGCCGAAACAGUCAUCAUGCGUGCGGCUACGCUCAACGGCGAGAACAUUUUCGAUGUGCGCCUCCAGUGGGGGCGCCAGCGUCGUGAAUUGGAGCGCCCAGAAGGUACUCGCAUGAGUACUUGCUACGAGGCAGCGCGUCUGUGGUGCCGUUGGAAGGAUAAUGCCAUCCUUUACUUCUGCUGGUGCGUGACUGCGUUUACGUUGCAGGUGACGUGGCUGAAAAUUCACUACUUGGGGUUCUAUCCGCUGGCGCUCAUGGCCCUCUUCGCGCUGCUGUCCAUCCCUGGCGAGCUGGGCGCUAUGGCUUCUGCUGCGCACGUCGGCCGAAAGACGUCCCUGGCUUGGGCUCUGGUCGUCGCCGCAAUUGUCAUCUUCGCGACUGCUGCAUGGGGCGAUUCGAAUGUUGUCUCCAGCGCUACGCUGCUGACGCUUGCGAGCGUGGUCACGGACGCAUCGCAAGCCGUUCUAACGCUGUACACAGCAGAAGUGUACCCUACAGUGGUGCGCUGCUCGGGCCUAGCCAUGUGCACGUGCUUUUCGGCAGCGGCCAGCAUCGCCACUCCACUCGCCGUCUACCUAGACGUUUUGCAGGUGUCGUGGUUGCCUCUGGUCAUGGUGUCUCUGCUAGGUCUCACCGCUGCAUUCUUGGUGGUUCGGCUGCCAGACACCAAAGAGCGUACUGUUCUGCCAGACGAGCUGUCAGACAUACCGUUCGAGGCAUCGUCGGGAAUCGCUCAAGCGGUGCCUGAUAACGCAAACAUCGCAUCGCUGGAAGUGCAAAGCAACGAUAAACGCCGGACACUAGGAGAACGUUGA